GCAGGCCGCGGGAGGGGGAAGGGCCUGCGCUGGCUGCGUCCGGGAGCACACAAACUUGCGUGUCUUACCGCGGUCCUCGCCGUCUGCCUGCCUCUCUCCACGGACGGGCGGAGGGGAGUAAUGCAAACGUCGGGAGCGCCGUGUCGUUUCGUGGCCUAGCGAUGAUGUAAGCGCGGAAAACAUCGUGGAGCCGCGGAGGAGAAGACGGGAGCGCGAGAGCAGCAGCAGCAGCCGUUGGAGAUGCGCGGUCGGGCCGUGAUUGCGGCGGUAUCCCUGACGAGGCCUGCGCUGAGCAGAUUGUUCUGAGAGGAAGCGGAUAACAAACGGGGGAAGUGAACAUGGCAGGGACCUCGGCCUUCUUUUCCAACGGCCCCGUUCCGUGGAUGGACAACGAUACGGAGAUGAACACCCUGUACCGGGACCUGGAGCUGGGCACCGUGCUCACGCUCUUUUAUUCUAAGAAGUCCCAGCGGCCCGAGAGGAGGACUUUCCAAGUCAAGCUGGAGACCAGGACCAUUAUUUGGACCCGCGGAACCGACAAGAUCGAGGGAGAGAUUGACAUUCGGGAGAUCAAGGAGAUUCGUCCUGGACAGAAGUCGCGGGACUUUGAGCGCUACGUGGAGGACUCUGCCAUUCGGCUGGAUCACGCUCAUUGCUUCGUCAUCCUUUACGGCACAGAGUUUCGUCUCAAAUCCCUGAGCCUGGCCGCAACGUCUGAUGAGGAGAUGUCCAUGUGGGUGAAGGGCCUCAACAGGCUUGUGGCUGACACACUGAAGUCACCAACACCACUUCAAAUAGAAAGGUGGCUACGCAAGCAGUUCUACGCUGUGGAUCGUGACAGAGAAGACAGGAUAUCCUGUAAGGAUCUAAAAGGCAUGCUGAGCCAGGUCAACUACAGGGUGCCCAACAUGAGGUUCCUCCGAGAGAAACUUCCGGACUCUGAGAUGAGGAACGGAGACGUGUCCUUCAGCCAGUUCGCCCAGCUCUACCGUAGCCUCAUGUUCGACGCACAGAAAAAUAUGGAGAUUCCAUUUUUACAGAGGUUCAUCGACAGACCAGAUCAGAGGAUCUCCCUAGAGGACUUCAAGGGCUUCCUCCUGGAGUCCCAGAAGGAAAUGUGGGCUACAGACUCUGACAAGGUUCAGGAGUUUAUGUUCAGCUACCUCAAGGACCCUCUGAGGGAAGUUGAGCAGCCUUAUUUCCAGCAAGAUGAGUUCCUGACGUACUUGUUCUCCAAAGAGAACACCAUCUGGGACUCCUCUCUAGACCAAGUGUGUCCAGACAACAUGAACAACCCCUUGUCCCACUACUGGAUCUCCUCUUCUCACAACACCUACCUGACAGGAGACCAGUUUUCCAGCGAAUCUUCCCUGGAGGCGUACGCUCGCUGUUUGAGGAUGGGCUGUCGCUGUAUUGAAUUGGACUGCUGGGAUGGUCCAGACGCAAUGCCGGUCAUCUACCACGGCCACACCCUCACAACAAAAAUCAAAUUUACUGACGUCCUGGCGACCAUUAAGGAGCAUGCCUUUGUCACGUCAGACUAUCCCAUCAUCCUUUCGAUCGAAGACCAUUGUAGUAUCGUGCAGCAGAGAAAUAUGGCGACUCAGUUCAAGAAAGUGUUUGCAGACAUGCUGCUGACCAAGGCGGUGGACAUUGCAGCAGAUAGCUUGCCCUCACCCAACCAGCUCAAGAAGAAGAUACUCAUCAAGCAUAAAAAGCUUGCAGAAGGUAGCGCCUAUGAGGAGGUGUCCACAUCCACUCCCUACUCGGAGAACGAUAUAAGCAACUCCAUUAAAAAUGGCAUCCUCUACUUGGAAGACCCCAUUAACCAUGAGUGGUACCCUCAUUUCUUUGUGCUGACCAGCAGUAAGAUCUACUACUCUGAAGAGACCUCCAGUAACCAGGGUAAUGAUGAUGAUGAGGAGCACAGAGAGGUGCCCAACGGCAUGGACCAACAUGUGACUGAGAAAUGGUUUCAUGGGAAGCUGGGUUUGGGGAGAGAUGGGCGGCAGAUAGCCGAGCGCCUGCUGUCUGACUACUGCUUGGACACGGGAGCUCCUGACGGCUCCUUCCUGGUCAGAGAGAGCGAAACCUUUGUGGGAGACUACACUCUGUCUUUCUGGCGUUCUGGGAGGGUGCAGCAUUGCCGUAUCCACUCCCGCCAGGAAGCAGGCAGCCCCAAGUUCUACCUGACGGACAACUUGAUGUUUGAAACCCUCUUUGCCCUCAUCACCCACUACCAGCAGGUGGCGCUGCGCUGCAAUGAGUUUGAAAUGAAGCUGUCAGAACCCGUGCCACAGACCAACGCUCACGAAAGCAAAGAGUGGUAUCAUGCCAACCUCUCCAGAAGCCACGCUGAGAACAUGUUGAUGAGGGCUCCACGUGACGGGGCUUUCCUGGUCAGGAAGAGAACAGAACCAAACUCAUACGCCAUUUCCUUUAGGGCUGAGGGGAAAAUAAAGCACUGUCGUGUACAGCAGGAGGGUCAGAUGGUGGUGCUGGGUACCUCUGAGUUUGACAGUCUAGUGGAUCUCAUCAGCUACUAUGAAAAGUACCCUCUUUAUCGCAAAAUGAAGUUGCGCUAUCCCAUCAAUGAGGACACACUGGAGAAGAUAGGCACUGCUGAGCCAGACUAUGGCUCAUUGUACGAGGGCAGGAACCCAGGCUUUUACGUGGAGGCCAACCAAAUGCCAACAUUGAAGUGCUCGGUGAAAGCCAUGUACGAGUACAAAGCCCAGAGAGACGAUGAGCUCUCCUUCUCCAAAAACGCCAUCAUCUCUAACGUUGAUAAACAGGAAGGAGGAUGGUGGAAGGGCGACUGUGCUGGAAAGAAGCAGAUGUGGUUUCCUGCAAACUAUGUGGAGGAGGUCAGUCCGUCAGCAGCAGAGCCCGACAGACCACAGGAGAUGACAGAAAACAGUCCACUGGGAGAUCUGCUGAGAGGAAGUGUUGAGGUUUCUUCCUGUCAGACAAUUGUGCAUCCUGAUGGGAUGGGCAACAGGCCCCAUGUUUUCACUUUGGUGCCAAGUAGUGGCUCAGUGCUACAUGUGGCUGCCAGCAGCGUCGAGGAAGUCAAGGAAUGGGUCGCCAAGAUCCGGGAAGUGACCUUGACGUCAGAGGCCAAGCUCGAAGAAGGGAAGAUGAUGGAGAGGAGGAAGAAGAUUGCACUGGAGUUAUCAGAGCUUGUCGUCUACUGUAGACCUGUGCCAUUCGAUGAAGAAAAGAUUGGCACAGAGCGAGCCUGUUUCCGGGACAUGUCAUCCUUCCCUGAGACUAAGGCAGAGAAGUACGUUAACAAGAUUAAGGGAAAGCGGUUCCUGCAGUACAAUCGCCUACAGCUGUCCAGAAUCUACCCUAGAGGACAGAGGCUCGACUCCUCCAACUAUGACCCGCUGCCCAUGUGGCUCUGCGGCUCUCAACUGGUAGCCCUCAACUUCCAGACAGCAGAUAAGCCUAUGCAGAUGAACCAGGCCCUGUUCAUGCUGAACGGAAGGAGCGGCUACGUCCUUCAACCCCCCAUCAUGCGGGACGAUAACUUUGAUCCGUUUGACAGGAACACGCUACGAGGCCUUGAUCAAGUCACUCUAAAAAUAGAGGUCUUGGGAGCUCGUCACCUGCCCAAGCACGGACGUGGCAUAGUUUGCCCUCUGAUAGAGUUCGAGGUUUGCGGAGCCGAGUACGAUAAUGCUAAGCUAAAAACAGACACGGAAGCUGAUAAUGGUUUGAACCCCACAUGGCCCCGGAAGCCUUUCCAGUUCACAGUUUACAACUCUGCGUUUGCCUUCCUUCGCUUCGUGGUGUAUGAAAUUGACAUGUUCAAUGACCCCAACUUCCUGGCUCAGGCCACAUUCCCCAUUCACGGUCUUAAGACAGGCUACAGGUCGGUCCCUCUGAAAAACAGCUUCAACGAGGACCUGGAGUUGGCAUCUAUUUUAGUGCACGUGGACUUAAUCAGAGGCAGGGAUGAAAACGGAGAGGUCUUGAGCCCAUUCCUCGCUGCCGGGGCCUCGUCAGUGUCUGCAUUGGCCCAAGCAGGGAGGGAGCGUUCAGGAGAGCUGGGCUCCGUGUCGUCGACCUCCUCCAACAUGUCUCCUCUGCCACAGUCUCCGGGCCAGGCGAUGGCGUACAGGGGGAGGGAGGGCUCCUUUGAGUCGCGCUACCAGUCUCCUCUCGAAGACUUCAGGGUGUCCCAGGAGGCCCUGUUGGACGUGGACACACAGAACAGGAGGUUAUUGCGGAGGACCAGAGUGGGCGGAGAGAACCGUGUCUGAGUCCAAGCCAAUCAGGAAGCAUUUGUGUUGCACCCCCCCCCCCCCCCCCCCCCCCCUGCCCCCACCCCCUCCUCACCUAGUCGCCUCUCCCUGUACCGAUGAUGUCACUGACUGCUGUGAACACUGUUUCCAUGGAAACGCCCACCACCGCUUUGGCCUACAUUUCAGGCACCUCUCCCUUCCUCCAUUCUUCAAACCCCCCCCCCCCCCCCCCCCCCCCCCCCCCCCUUCGUGCCGCCCACCCUCCUCACCACUCGCCUGACAAGGAGGACAGACUCGGACACAGGAUUAGGAGGUGGAGGAGGGGGGGCGUUAACAGGAAGCUGAUCGCCGUAGACGGGAAGAAGCAGCGGAUGUUCCUGUACAAAAAAAAACAUGGACGAACAGUUCCGGCUCUGGACUGGUCUUAGCGGGGCAGGUUGUCCCCUCUUGUUUUUUAGAUGUGCACAGCAGCUGAUUAGGAGAAGCUGAGAGGAGGGAACGAGAGAGCUCUGAAAGGCAUCAGUUUGAAACUGUUUCCCAGUUACAUUUUGUUUCUCUCUCUCUCUCUCUGGCAUAUUUGAGUAUAUAUUUAUUCCUGCUGUGCUGUCUGCCAGAGAACAGCAGCAGCCGACCUGCUCUCAAAGAGCUUCUCUCGCCAUGUUUUUAUUGAUUUUAAUUAUUUAAACCUUUAAGCAUUCAUAAUGUGACGUUUCAUUGUUUUUAUGUAUAUGUGUAAAACACGAGGGCUCUCUGCAGCUAUUUUUAAUGAAUCUAUCCUCUGUAUCUUUGGAGGAUACUGUGCGCCUCCAGUCUAACACUCUAAUCAUGGAGGGAUGUGUAAUUCUUCUUUUGAAGGCACCUGGAAGAAGUCAUAACUUGUUUACGUUGGAAACAGUAGAGGAGAAGGCAGCAUCAUACAUUAAUGUCUGUCACUCAUGAACAGUCGGGCCUUUUUCAAAUUGUUGUUUUUAACUUGCAUUCCAAAAAAAAACACACGUCAUUCCACCUUCCUGGGUUGUAGGCGCCUCUUACAAGCCAGACCUGUCUCCCGCACUGACAGACUUCAGCACCAAUGUCUGGAGGAUCCAACUACUCUGUGACUGAGCAGGACCAGAGAUGUUUGUUGACGGGUGUGAGAUGUUCCACGUACACCGUGCCUGUGUUUACCGGCAGCGGUCAGAGUUGUUCACAGGGCUACACAUUUACAUACCAUCAACGAUGCUGGACAAUGUCAGAUUUUAGAAAAACAAAAGUAGUUUGAGGACCUAAAUUAUGUAAUCCCAUUUAUAACCACUGUUGACAUUGCAAUUGUUUCAGUUCUGUCUUAUUUAAUCGUGGCAUUAUGGCGAUUGGAGCGAGAGCUACAAUUAGAACAGCUCAGUCCAGGUUUGUUUUUUUUUUGGAUAUUUUUGUAUUGGCCCCUUUGGUUUAGUGUCUCAGUUUGUUCCCAGUAGCUGUUCUAACUGUCACAGUGCUGUGACCACAGUGAAUAUUAAAAUCCCUCGUUUAAUUCACUCCAGGGUUCAUCUCCCUGCUCGUGAGCCGAGCAUCUUCCUGUGCGUUGGACGCAGGGUCCGGCCCGGCAGGGAGGGUGGCAGUGCCGUGCGAGGUGUGAAGCAUCAGGCCACGUUUUUCCCGCUGCCACGCAGAGAUAAGGGACCUUUUUCGUGUUUGUGCAGCCAUAAUCUUGAGCGUCGUGUUUCUUUACACAGACCUGGGAGGAUUUGACAUAAUGUGCGUGUUACGCGUGAAGUUAUUAGUGAUGAAACGUGCAGCGGUUAAGACGGUGCGUAAACAGCUGGCUGGUGUUUCAACGCCACGCAACUCUUGAGAUCCAUAAAGGUUUAUGAAUCUUGGUAAUUAAUAUUCCUCUGGUUGUAAAUGUUUGUGCCUUUUAAACGUACAAGGACACCUCUGCGUUGGUGAUGGGGGAGCAGUUUGUGCCUGAUCGUACCAUUUGUUUGUGUGGAUAAAGAGGACAGGAGUCUGGCUCUGGGGUGAGCUUGUUUAUAACCAAUGGUAUUUUUUUUUCUAGUUCCUUUUUAAAAAAGCAGUUCUGUCUCUGCUCGUGUGAUGAUAAUGAUGUAAACUCAGUAUUUUCACUCAGUUGUUUGACCGGUGGGUCGCAUCUAAGCCAUAUGGUAUGAUUUAAGGUAAAAGCAGGGACGGGGAGGACGCUCGCGUCGUCACUGAAAGUACCCGGCACCACUGAGUUCGCUCCCCAGAUUUAAUCCCAAAGCUCCUCCAUGUGCGUUGUUUCUCUCCUCCAGUGGUCGAUGAGUGGACUUUGUGGAGCUCUCCUUCAAUGCUGCAUUUCUAACGGCUGACUCGUCCGCUAACGUCUGUGCCUCCAUCCGUGUACGCGUCACAUGGUUCACCUGCCUCCAGCGCGCCCACGCGGGCGCCGGCGCUGCUCUCGGUCUUGACCACUUUUGACUGACGCGUCCCUCGCUCUCCUGCCUGGUCUGUUCAACCUCGUAUGGUUGCAAACGCGCCGCUCGGAGGUUUAACACCUGUGUGGGUGUACAGUGCCCGAGUCUUGUUUCGGUUUCACAUUUUCUCCCAUCUUUUGUUUCUUUGAGACUCAUUUACAGUCGCCUUUCUGUAACGUGCCUAAACUUGGAGAGGAAACGUAUUCAUCUUAAUUUUGCCUUUCAUAUGAAACAUAUUCAAGCCUGAAAGAUAAAUAAAAUACUUACUACUUUAUACAAGUCUA